CUGCUUGACUAUCUUUUUACAUCGUGAGACGACGGGGUUUUCUUCAUCCUUUCUUCAAAACCGUGUCCUCAAUAAUCCUAAUCGUCCUCCCUUUGUCCUUGUCUGUCUCUUUCUCUAUUCCCCGUAUACGAAAUCUCCUUCGCCGAUCUGGUCGACCCUCUCUGUUUCUCUUUCCACGGGGAGUGGAAUCCGUCCGCACUGGGACUGUUUGAAUUGGUAGAACACCACUGCCAGUCGGAACGCACACCCCUAGCGACAUGGCGGUGUCUGAGAAUGGGAGACCGAUAGAGAGUAUCAAGGACAGGCCUAAUGGACACAGUGUAGGCCCAGUGGUACGCCGGCAGCGUCCUCGCCGUCAAGGCUGGGUUCUGUGGCUGUUUAACACUCUUGCAAGGCUUACGUUCUGGUACGCCUUGUUCACCAUCGUCUUCCGAUGUCCCUCUACGCCAGAGCAGCUCACCGAGUCCUCGCCGCAACUAUGCCAGAACUAUUUCACCAUCAAAUCAUAUGCCCAGCCACAUCUGCAACCGUACUACGACGAAUAUGCUGCUCCAUAUGUCGCCAAAGCCCAGCCAUAUGCUGAACUGGCAAAUAGACGUUUCAUUCGUCCUGCUUCCGUAUUUGCAAGGGUUAACUACCAUAAGUACGCCGCGCCACAGGUUGAGACUGCGCAGAAAUACAUACAAGCCGAACUGGAGAAAUCGAUUGUUCCGCAGCUUAAAAACGCUCAGGACAAAGCUGGAAAGAUUUAUGGUACCAAUCUUGCCCCUUAUGUCAAGAAGGCUACGGCAGUGACCGAACCCUACUAUACUGCCGUUCGAGAUUCUUCAUCCCACACCGUCCAACAUUACAUACUGCCAGCGGCCCAAUACUCCCGACCGCAUUUGGAAAAUGCAUAUAACAUUACGCAGCGGUUUGUCACAACUACUGCGUACCCCCUAGCUCGACAUGCUUGGUCAGACCUGGUCAUUUUUGUUGAUGGAACUCUAUGGCCCUUUCUAAAAGGUCUCUACAUUGAUAAUGUGAGACCGCAACUGGUCAUGAUUAACGAGCGGGUGGCGAAGUAUAGAGAGUCGAGGAAGCUAAAAGCUGCCAUGGACGAGGUCGAUAAGACCUAUUCGAGUUCAACAGCUUCUGCAAGCGCAACUCCCAUUCCCGCCGAUGACGUCUAUGCAUUGUUCGAGACCAACGAUGAGACGACGACUUCCACUACAACGGAGGCCACUGAAGAGACCGCUGCCACAGUGCCACCAUCGGCUCGACCAACGUACGAACAGGCUACUGAGGAGCAGAUCUCUGCCGAUCUCAAACAAUGGCAAGAGAAGUUUGCCGUUGCUGCCGACAAGGGUGCUGAUGACCUGCGUGAACGUGUCGGGUCUAUUGUUGAAAGCCUCAUUCAAAGCGACAUAGAAGGCAUAGGCCGAGGUCUAGCCACGGCUCUCGAAAAGACAGUCGAGAAUGAGAUUGAAAAUGUCAAAGCCAAAAUAGUUGGCGUGGUGGGGGCUGUUCCCGAAGAUGCAAGUUCCGGUGAGGUCAAGAAAGCUGCAGAAGAUAUCCUUGGUUCAAUCCGAUCCUCGGGCGCCGAAAUUAAAAGUCGCGCACAAAAGGUACGGGAAUGGGCCCAGGAUUUCGAAAUCGCUUUGAAUCAACGCUUGACCGAUGCUUCUGCUUCAACUUUGGAAGUUCUCGAUGGCAUCAAAGACUUUGGACUUCAGGAAGUCGGCAUGCGGUGGUCGUGGAUGGAAGGAGUAACUUACAAGCACUGGGCAAAGUUCCACGCCGUUCGAAAUCAGCUGGAUGACUGGAAACAAGAAGUGCAGGAUGUUGUCGUACAAAGCCCUGAAGCAGAGAAAGCCCUCUCCACUGCGCGACAAAUCAUGGAAGAGAGCAUGGCGAUCACCGAAGAUGCGGCGAAAGAGCUGGUCAGACUCAAAGGAGUUGCUCAGUGGAAGCUACGAGCACGAGACGCGACAGACGAUUUCGAGUCCAGAAGCAUGCCUGCUGGGGCGGUAUCGGCAGCGUCAAGUCUUGCAGCGGAGCUCCAGGGUACCUCUUCGCAAGUAGUUGAGUCCGCCAGCAGUGCCUUAUCUGAAGCAGCCGAUGCUGUGGCAGAUGGUGUUUCCUCCGCGUCCUCUGUAAUUGUUGGCAGCAGCACUGGUUCUGUAGAGUCAGUCACAUCGGCAAUCAAGAACCUGGCAGAUGAAAUGCUCGCGUCCGCGGCGUCAGCUGUUGAGUUCUCGAGCACUGGUUAUCUCGAAUCUGCAGCAGCACAAGUCAGUUCAUCCGUUGCUGAUGCUUACGAAUCAGCUUCUUCACUGGUGGCCGGCACAAGCGUCGGCACUGCCGAGUCCAUUGCCUCUCAAGUAAGCGAGUCGGCUUCAAGCUUGGUUUCUGCAAUUCCUGAGGAGGUCACGUCGCUAUCUAGCGCUGCUGCCAGCGUGGGUUCUUCACUCACAGAGUCCAUGGCCACCAUUUCAGAGGACGAGUCUUCGUCCGCUGAUUCGACUAUUCAAGACAUUGCUAGCUCAGCGUCCUCUAUCGCAGAUUCGGCUAGUAGCCAUGCUUCAUCCCAGGUUUUUGCUGGUGCGAUGGCUCAAGAAGUAAAGGGCACUGCACCUAUCCUGGAUGAUGCGUUUGAUGAUGACACAACCUCUGCCUUUUCUGAGAAGCUUCAAGAUAUCGUAAACAAUGCCGGUGAUCGUUACUCUGAAGUCACUCGAGCAGUUUCAGAAGCGCUUUAUGGUACAAAACAAGGAACUGGCGAGAGCAUCAUAUCAGUUGCAAACGAGCAGUAUUCCAGUGCUGUUGCAGCCGCUUCAAGCGUUCUUUAUGGCGAGCCCCAGGGAGCUGCGGAGAGCAUCACCAGUGUGGCAUCUGAGAGAUAUGGCCAAGCUGUUGCGGCUGCCAGUGCUGUGAUAUAUGGAACUCCGAUGCCUGUCACUGAUUCUAUUCUCCUACAAGCGAGUUCUCUGUAUAGCCAGGCCAUCAGCCGAGCUGAGGAUAACUACAGCGCUGCCAAGUCUGCUGCUUCAAAGCAGAUCUCAGGAACCCCAAAGCCGAUUCAUGAAGAAAUGUUAUCUUCGAUCGAUUCGGCUUAUUCUGGUGCAACCGCAGCCGCUCAAAGCAGGCUCGAAUCUGCCCGGUCCGCACUUCCCUCCAGGUACUCGGCUAUCAGCAAAGCAGCCGCGGGAUCUUUUCCAACGACUAACCCGCUUGACUCAGUCUCAGCAGUGGCCUCUUCUGCCCUACAAAAUUCGUUGGCUGCAGCAUCAGCGCAGUACUCCAAAGCUAAGGCUGCGAUUGGUGCCACUCCUGCCCCAGCACACGAGCGUUAUCUGAAAGAAGCUCAAAAGGACUAUUAUGCGGCCAUUGGAAUGGCACAUGAGCAAUAUGAUGACUUUAUCAAGGUGGCUUCUAGCGCUAUCUACGGUACUCCAACCCCUGUCCUGAGCAGUAUGUCAAGUGCUGCAUCGGCUGCAGUAUAUGGGACUCAUGUUCCGGCGUUUCAGAGUCUACUAGAUCUUGCUGCAGCUCAAUAUUCGGCAGCCUCCUCCGCAGCUUCAACGAGUCUCAACUCCUACCGAUCAUCGAUCAACUCUGCUGCCACACCAGCCCAAAGCUUGCUAGAUGACGCACUUGCGGCCUACUCUAGCGCACUCGAGGUUGCAUCAUCCUCUCUAUCUUCUGCUUCAUACGCUGCCAGCACAGCUGCCUACGGUACGCCUGCGCCUUUCUAUCAAAGCGCCUUGGACCAGGCUUCUUCUUCGUAUGCCGUUGCUUCCUCGGCUGCUGCUUCACAUAUGUCUGCAAUGCUAGACUCAGCCUCUUCCGCAGUUAGCGGCAAGAAGUCUCCUGCACAAAGUGUACUGGAGGGUAUAUCUUCCCAAUACGACGCUGCUAUCUCAGCUGCAUCGUCAUCGUUGUCUGCCGCCAGCCUUGCCGCCAGUACCGCUAUGUACGGUACUUCGACUGGUCCCAUCGAAUCCAUGUCUAGCGUUGCCUCUCAAAACUGGGAAGCUCUUGUCUCAAAGGCCAGUACUCAGAUCUACGGUACACCAAGACCCUUCUACGAUGAAUUGGUCGACCAAGCAGGCGACUAUUCAGCACAAGUGACCAACUAUGCAGGCGAACAAUAUGUCAUCAUUCAAUCAUUUGUGUCGGAACUGAUCGUGGGCAAAGAGCCAGCCUUCACUGAAUCCGUCAUGAGCAGACUUAGCUCAGCGUACUACACAGGCUAUGCCUCGGCUGCGAGUCUGGCCAAUGAUGCCUAUGAUUCAGCAUCGUCGAUAGCAUCGGUGGCUGGCUCCUACUUCACCCCGCCUCCAGAGGUUUCGUCCGUCAUUGACUCAGUUACCGAACAACUGAACUCGGCUGUGGAUGCUGCCAGCGCUCAGAUCUACGGCACCAAGAAAGGAGGAGUCGAGCAAGCAACUUCUGCUGCAGCAGACUCAUACUCAACAGCCAGUGCCGCUGUUAGUGAGGCGAUCUACGGAACUCCCGUUGGUUAUGCAGAAGCUGCCCAAUCUUCCUUCGCUGACAUGGCAAAGAGUGCACAAGAAGCCAUCUCUAUAGCCAUCUAUGGAACACCCACUGGCACAGUUGAGGCUGUUACAAGUGCUGCAGCCCAUCAAUACUCGUCCGUUUCGUCCGCUAUUGGCGAUGGUGUUGCGGCAGCAGCAAGUGUGGCGGACAACGUGAGAGCAAAAGUCUCGGAGGCAGUGUAUGGCCCCGAACAGAGCGCCCUGGAAAGUGCUCAGUCAAGAAUCGCCGAGGCUGUAGAGAGCGCAAAGAGCGCCAUUGCGGCAAUGGCAAGUGACGUUGGCGAGAGCGGGGCCAGCAUCGCGGACGCUGUCAGCAGUAGUGUGGACGAGAUGGCGAGUGCUGUGAGCAGCACGGUCAGUGGUGCCACUCAGUACGUGAAGGAUGAGUUGUGAGCAGGUCCGCCCGCGAAGGGAGAUGGUGAUGACGCUGAAGCGACGGAAAGCAAAAAUGAUGGUGCGCUUCAUAAGGCCACCAAGAGAGAAUAUUGAAACGAAUUGCUGCCCCGGAGGCGUUGGAAUGAGGGUUGCUUGUCGAGACAUGCACCAUGGCUCGAAGACCCUUUUUUGGGGAUUUUUGCGUUGUGUUUUUUUUACAAAGCAUAGAGUGGCAUCUUGUUGCUACUGUGCUAUGCUCUGAUGAUACCUAUCUCGUUGUGCUUUGCUUUGAGCCCUUGUUUCUGUCUCGAGUCUUUUUGCUGUGUCCCAUGUAUGUAUGUAUGUCAGAACGAACGAAUCAAGACUGCUUACGAGUACCUGGCCUUUUGUGUGGUUUUUGAUAUCCACAAGUUACGGAGUUAUUGUACAGGUCAUUAGGGAGUGCGUACUUCCGUAUGUGGGCUAUUUGAGUAUUAAUGGGAAUAUACAUUGACCAGUCCGAAGUGCAACCAACGAC